AUCAUCGGAUUGCUGAAUGCCUUCACGCCACAGAAGUCGCUGGAGGAGUUCCAGGACGUCUACCUGGUGAUGGAGCUGAUGGAUGCCAACCUGUGCCAGGUGAUACAAAUGGACCUGGACCACGAGCGCAUGUCCUACCUCCUCUACCAGAUGCUGUGUGGGAUAAAGCACUUACACUCAGCCGGCAUUAUCCAUAGGGACCUGAAGCCUAGUAAUAUCGUGGUAAAAUCAGACUGUACACUCAAGAUCCUAGACUUUGGUUUAGCACGGACAGCCGGUACCACAUUUAUGAUGACUCCCUAUGUUGUAACUAGAUACUACAGAGCACCAGAGGUAAUUUUAGGUAUGGGCUACACAGAGAACGUGGACAUCUGGUCAGUCGGCUGCAUAAUGGGAGAGAUGAUUCGAGGAGGCGUCCUGUUCCCAGGGACGGAUCACAUUGACCAGUGGAAUAAGAUUAUUGAGCAACUGGGCACUCCCUCGCAAGAGUUCAUGUCGAGGUUACAGCCAACUGUUCGCAACUAUGUGGAAAACCGUCCCCGCUACCCUGGCUAUUCCUUCGACCGCUUGUUCCCCGACGUGCUGUUCCCUGCUGAGUCCACGGACCAUAACAGACUCAAAGCAAGUCAAGCACGAGAUCUGCUAUCAAGGAUGCUUGUAAUAGACCCCGAGCGAAGGAUAAGUGUAGACGACGCGUUAAUGCAUCCCUAUAUUAAUGUGUGGUAUGAUGAAGAAGUCAAUGCUCCUGCCCCAGGCCCCUACGACCACAGUGUGGAUGACCGUGAGCACACUGUGGACCAGUGGAAGGAGCUCAUCUACAAGGAGGUGAUGGAGUAUGAAAUGGUCCACAACUCCCCAGGUGGGGCAGGGGCUGGGGCUAGGGUCCCGCACCCACCCAUGGUCACGCCCCGCCGGCGGCCACCAAUGCAGCUGCUGAUGGGGAUCAGGACCAGCAUCGCCCAAACCACAGAUAGGGCUGCCCUCAACCUUCUUAGCAGUCCCUCCGCCCCAAGCCUGCCUCCCAGCCACCUCCUUGGUUUGCGCACGGCUCACGUGUAGAGUCCCUCGGCCAGGAUGCUGAAGUCCACACACACGGGAGUAGACUCUCGAGGCCGCGUCUGAUUCCUCUGUCUGCCGCGUCAUCGGGAAGGCCACCGUCAAUCUCCGCAAGAGCCGGGUGUGCGGACCAGUAUUCCUCAGUGGUUGCUGUUUUGACGCUCGUCAAUUUUUACAGCUGUGUGUGCGUGUGUGCAUCAUCUUUCUGGAGUAACUGUCACAGGUUCCCUGUUGUGACUGGUGAUAAGACUGGGUACUGCAGGUUCUUACUUCAAGGUUCUGCACAGAGCUGGAAUUGCUGUGCAGUCAUUUGACAUUUAUGAUAACCCUCUUGUGCUUCUUGGCUGAGGCACUUGAUUCUGUGUAGUCCACACCAUCUUCUGUGUCCAUUUUGUGUUGUGUCUGAGUGAGUGUGAGAAUGCAUGCAUCAGGUGUUUUGAAAACGCCAUUCAAACCAUGAUGAUAUAGAAAAUAUAUGCAAUUUAGAUACUGUAAGCUGUAGAUACUUUCCUGCUUUAUGUCUCACCAACAUCAGAGAGAACCUGUGUAUUUAAAUGUUACUAUACUCUGUGACUACGAUUAGUUUGCAAUAUGCAAUAUAACGAGUCCCCUGUACCGUGUGAAUUGCUGCAAGCGGUCACCUGUCUUGCUCUGCUUAUGCCAGUAUUUUCCCUGACUUUACUGCUUGUUGAGUGUUCAGUAAGGAAAUGGAGUUUUUGGAAAAUGACAGGGCAAAGUGGUGCCAGAGCUUUCCACUAGAAAGCUUUGCUUGAGGCUGCAAAGGGAAAAUAAUGCAAAGCAUAUCAAAUGUUGAUAAUGUGAUGAUGGACGCUUCUUUACAACAGGGAUUGUGAAACCUCGUUUAAUUGUAUGUGAAAAGUUGUGUGAGGAGAUCUGUGUGUUGGGCAUGCGUUUCAAAAAAAUAAAAAUGAUAAAAAAAAUAUAAAAAAAUACAUAAAUAAAAAAUGAUAAAAAAAAAUAAAAGACAGAAUAAGAA